AAGCGGCGGUUUGAGGUGGCGGGAGGAGGAAGAGGUGGGGGGGGGGGAGCGCGUCGGGAGCGCGCGGAGGGAGAGCGCGUGUGGUGGCGGUGCGGCCGUCAUGGAGCUGCUGAGGAAAUGGCUGGGGCACCCCGAGGACAUCUACCACCUGCUGCGCUUCAAGAUGGGCGGCUACCGGGCCGUCAUGCCGCGAAUGGACCCGGACUCGCUGGGACUCGGGCUCCGCACCUGUUACCGCUACCUCAACCAGACCAGCCGUAGUUUCGCCGCCGUCAUCCAGGCGCUGGAUGGAGAGCUGCGGCAUGCUGUCUGUAUAUUUUACCUAGUUCUCCGUGCCCUGGACACCAUAGAGGAUGAUAUGACCAUCAGCUUAGACGUAAAGGUCCCGAUGCUGAUUGAGUUUCACUCUUAUCUCUAUCAACCAGAGUGGAAAUACAUGGAGAGCAAGGAGAAGCACCGGCAGGUGCUGGAGGACUUCCCAACGAUCUCCAUGGAGUUUAGGAAUCUGGCAAAGGUCUACCAGGAUGUGAUUUCUGAUAUUUGUCACAAGAUGGGUGUUGGGAUGGCGGAGUUCUUGGAAAAGAAGGUGGAUUCUCAGAGUGAAUGGGAUCGGUACUGCCACUACGUUGCUGGGCUGGUGGGGAUAGGCCUUUCCAGACUCUUCUCUGCAUCAGAGCUAGAAGAUCCUAUUGUAGGACAGGACACAGAGCUAGCAAACUCCAUGGGCCUCUUCCUGCAAAAAACCAACAUCAUACGUGACUAUCUAGAAGACCAGCUGGAAGGAAGGGAGUUCUGGCCCAGAGAGGUUUGGAGCAGAUACACAAAGAAGCUCUCUGACCUUACCAAGCCAGAGAACAUAGAUAUGGCUGUCCAGUGUCUGAAUGAGCUCAUCACCAAUGCUCUCCGCCAUGUCCCUGAUGUCCUCACUUACUUGUCUCGCCUGAAAAACCAAAGUGUCUUCAACUUCUGUGCUAUCCCCCAGGUGAUGGCCAUUGCCACUCUUGCUGCCUGCUAUAAUAACAAGCAGGUGUUCAGAGGGGUAGUGAAGAUCCGGAAGGGACAAGCUGUCACUCUGAUGAUGGAUGCUACAAACAUGCAAUCUGUCAAAGCCAUCAUGUACCAGUAUGUGGAAGAGAUCUACCAGAAGAUCCCCAGCACAGACCCUUCAUCCAACAAGACGCAGCAGAUCAUCGCCUCCAUCCGUGCCAUGAGCCUGCCCAGCGGCCCCAUGGCCUCACGCCAUCACUAUUCCCCCAUCUACCUGUCCUGUGCCAUGCUCCUGGCUGCCCUGAGCUGGCAGUACCUCAGCACCAUCUCUAAAGCCACUGAAGAGUACGUCCAGGCGGGUGAGAACUGAAGAGCAGGCAGGUGGCAGGAGUGAGAUGGUCAGUAGAUGGGCAGCAGAGGCUCCUUGUCCCCUGGUGGUGGGGAUGGCCGGGUGCCACCGGGUCCAUGGGCAAUGAUGAGGAUGGGAUGCUGGUGGGUUGGAGCAUCGGGGUGAUGGUGUGGCAUUGUCAGACCCCGCUCCUCCCCUCUCCUUCUGUCUGCACAGGUGGUUACAAAUGCCAGUUGGAGUCUUAACUGUUUGGGGUUGAAUUUUUUUUCCUCCUUUCCUGUUGGAUAGUUUACCUAAUUAUCAUUAUUACUAUUCUUAUUUUGGUUAGGAUGGUUUAAAUAGAAAUUUCAAUUGCCUCUUUUCUUGCUUGAGAUUUGAGACCCCUUUCCAGCUCAGAACUGGGAUGGGAGCCUUUGGGUUCUACCUCCCUUACAUAACCCCUUCCCCAUCACUUCAACACUGGAAGCAUAUGGAGGGCUCUGGAUUCAGCAAGGAGGGACAAGUCUUAAAAGGUCUGGUCGUCUUCUGGCCACCAACCCAGGCUGGGUGACAUCCUGCAGCCUGGAAAUGGGCAGGGGCAAUCUUCACUUUUGUGUUGUACUGGAAGAGGCUGCUAGGCUUAAAACAAGCCCUUUUGUUGUUAAGUAUGUUGGAGAUGUUAACAUGCAUGCUGCUGAAAGCCAUCUGUUGCAUCUCCUGAGGGGUGGUGAAAGGGAGGGGGAAAGAGUACCACCUACCCUCUGCUGCAAAGUCUGGACUCUGCAUUUCUUCAGCCCAAGGGGAGGGGUGGCCUGGGCAAGCUUCCUCAGCCCAGGGAUUCAGCUGGGAAUGCUUAAGGUUCUGCUGACACAUGAACUGGAAGAGUUCUCCACUGCUCCUUUGAAAACACAUCAACCUGGACUUCGAGUGGGCCAGGUUUCUAAUGUGAACAACCAGGGCUGAGAAGAGGAGACAGCUAUUUCAAGUCCCGUUUUCCUGGAGUGUAAUUGUUUUCAGCAUCCCUAAUCCUCUACUGCUGCUUUGUGUGAUGGGGGGACAGCCUGGUAUAGGACAGAGCAAAAUCUACCAGGUAGUUCAGUGGCCUUUGCAAGGCCAAGCUUGUGUGGCCAGACUGUUACUUGGAGAGAGGAUCCCUACUCUACAAGGACUGCUGUAGAUAGUUUUAAGCUGUUGUUCAAAAGAACUUGUGGUAGCUCCCUUUGUGCAGCUUCCUGUCUUGUUGAAAUUAAACUUUUCUUUGGAAAGAAAAAACGUGAAGCAAUGUUGUUGUUUUUUUUUCAGCUGUUCUUUCUUUUAUUGUGGUAUUUCCUUGCCAUACCACAAGCUCUAGUCCUCAGCUCAGCUGAGUGUGGAUGCUUCCUAACUCACACUGCAUUUCUGUGUUGGGACUGGAGGUGUCCUGUUGGCUGCAGCCACCCUGUCCCCAGCACAGCCAGAGCAAGCACAGCCUGCACUCACAUGAAGACAUGCAUGAAAGGGUCACACCUGGCUUCCACGACAGCAAAGCAACGAGAAGAGUCAUAGAAUGGCCUCGGUUGAAAAGGGCCAUAAUGAUCAUCUUGUCUCAACCCCCCUGCUAUGUACAGUUUGAUGUUGUUUCAGCUCACGAAGCAGAAGUGACCACAAGGUGUUGGAGAAAUCAUUUAUUGGCACAGUUGUUUCAUUCAGAUACACGGAAGUUCUGUUUCAAUGAGUAAGCAGAGGGAUGGGGCUAUUUUACAGUACAAGGGGAGAGCCUGCUUCACUCAUGUCAGCCUUGUGGCCUUAGCUCACCGAUAUGCUCUGUGCUUUAAGAGAAAAUAAAAAGCUCUUUCAUUACGUUAGCACUGGCAGAUCACACGAUUCCUCCUACAGUUAUUACACCUCCCACCCCCCCAGUAAAAGAAAAAAUAAGGUUAUUUCUUCCUUGAUACUUGUGGCUCAAAGAAAGCUUUAGAGGUGUGCAAAUUAGCAAGAUACCUGCAAGCAUCUGCAUGAGCUCCCUGCAGCAGAGCUGGGGAACACCGCUCAUUUUGAACCCAACAUUCAGGGUCUGCAGUCCCAAAGCACCACACCAACAUGCUAAAGCAGCACCCUUGCCAAGGCAUGACCCAAAGCACAACCAAGCUGCCUUUGACAGAAGCAGCUUCCCCUUUCUAGUUCCCAAGUGCUGCAGGACAUUUGAUCAAAGGCUCAUGGAGCUCAGGCCAGGCCCUUCCCUAGGAUCAAUAACCCCAGACUACAGCAGAAAGAAAAAAAAAAAAAA